AUGACUAUUAAGUUAAUCCAACUCUAUGUUGAAGCCAUCCCAGUUCAGAGCCGGUGCAAUGCAGACCAGCAGUCGUUAUUGCUCCGUUUGAAGGAAACCUUGAUCUUUGAUUCUUCUGUUUCCUCCAAGCUUAUAUACUGGAAUUCAAGUACCAACUGCUGUUCUUGGGCAGGAGUUAGUUGCACUGAUGGCCUUGUUAUCGGUCUUGACAUUAGUGAGGAAUCUAUCUCAGGUGGCAUUGACAAUUCCAGCAUUCUCUUUGAUCUUCAGCAUCUUCAAAGCCUCAACUUGGCCAACAAUUAUGCUUCCAAUGCCUCUCAAAUUCCAUCUGCAAUUGGAAGGCUUACGAAUUUGAGAAAUGACUUCAUUGACACUCAAUUAAAACUUGAGAAUCCGAAUCUAAGCAUGCUCAUUCAGAACCUCACAGAGCUCACAGAGUUAUAUCUUGAUUAUGUGUACAUAUCAUCAGCACAUGGGGCUCACUGGAGCCAAGCAAUAUCAUCUUCACUGCCAAAGUUGAAGGUGUUGAGCUUGCGCGGCUGUAAUAUUCCAGGCCCUAUUCAUCAGUCUUUUGCUAAGCUCCAGUCUCUAUCCGUGCUUCUAUUGGAUUGGAACGAUAUCUCUGCUCCAGUUCCUGGAUUCUUUGCCAACUUUUCAAGCUUGACUUCCUUAAGUCUCAGUUAUUGUAACUUGUACGGGACGUUUCCCGAAGAGAUCUUCCAAAUAACUACACUGCAGAAAGUUGACCUUCAAUGGAAUCCCCGACUUCAGGGUUCCUUGCCAGAAUUUCUUAACAAUGGAUCUCUCCAAUCCCUGGAUCUAAGCUCGUCAAAAUUUUCAGGGUUCCUGCCAAAAUCUAUUGGCAACCUUAAAAUGUUGUCUACACUACAACUCUCAGGUUGCAGUUUCACUGGAUCAAUCCCAAACUCAGUCGCAAACCUAACACAAUUGAAUUUUUUGGCCAUGUCCUUAAAUAGUUUUAAUAGUCCCAUUGAUUCUAUUCACUGGGAAAACCUUGUUAAUCUGGAAUUUCUCGCGUUGGACUCCAAUCUACUCCAUGGGAGUAUUCCAUUGUCUCCCUUUUCUCUUCCUGUGCUGCGGAAAUUAGUACUUCCGCAUAAUCAAUUCUAUGGUCAAUUACCCGAAUUUGCCAACAUCUCUUCAAACUUACUGGACACCCUUCAUUUGAGUGGCAACCAUUUGGAAGGACCAAUACCUACUUCUAUCUUUAAUCUUAGAGGGCUUCAAAAGCUUAAGCUUUCUUCAAACCAUUUCAGUGGCUUUCCUUUCAAUGGUCCUCAGCAGCCUAAAAAUCUUUCGUUUCUUGAUCUUUCCAACAAUAGCUUGUUGAUUGAUUGCAAUGGAAGCAGUCCAACAACUUCCUCCUUCCUUCAAAUUAACAGCUUGGACUUGUCCUCUAACAAGUUGAGGGCCUUCCCAGACUUCUUGAGAAAUCAAUCCAGAUUAGCCGUUUUAGACCUUUCAGAAAACCAGAUUCAAGGCAAGAUACCCAACUGGAUUUGGAAGCUCAAUUCUCUUCAUCAACUAAAUCUUUCUUACAACGACUUGGCAACUCUACAAGGUCCUUUACUUAACUUAACUUCUACUGUCUCCGUGCUCGACCUUCGUUCAAACAAUCUUCAGGGACAAAUCCCAGUUUUCCUAUCAUCAGCCACUUAUCUGGAUUACUCAAGAAAUAAUUUCAGCUCUAGUAUACCAGCUGACAUUGGUGAUUUCCUUCAUUCAACUGCUUUCUUCUCUCUGUCAAGCAAUAACUUGCAUGGCAUCAUUCCACCAUCAAUAUGCAAUGCAAGUGAUCUGGUUCUUGUUGAUCUGUCCAAUAAUUCUCUGAGUGGCAUGAUUCCAGAAUGCUUGACUGGGCUGUCAGUACUUAAUUUGAGGAGCAACAACCUUACUGGCCCUAUCCCGGAUAAAUUCGAUGAAUUUUGCGGUCUGCAUACUCUAGACCUCAGCAGAAAUCAGAUACAAGGUCAGUUUCCAAAGUCUCUAGUCAACUGUACACAGUUGAAGGUUGUAAACCUUGGAAACAAUCAGAUAACAGAUACCUUUCCAUGCUUGCUGAAGAACAUAUCCACCUUGCGUGUCCUUGUUUUGCGAUCCAACCAAUUUUAUGGACGCAUUGGAUGUCCCGAGGCCAAUGGCAGCUGGCCAAUGCUUCAAAUCAUAGACUUAGCUUACAACAAUUUGAGUGGUAAAAUACCAGGAACAUCUAUGACAACAUGGAAAGAAAUGAUGGUUAACGAAGACGAUUCCCUAGUUAACCUUGGAGCUGAUUUUGGAACUGGUGGAAGUGCACCUAAUUUUUAUUAUGGAGAUGCAGUAACAAUUACCAGCAAAGGUUCAGCAAUGGAUCUGGUAAAGAUUCCAACCUUCUUCACCUUGAUUGACUUCUCGUGCAACGAAUUCAGCGGAUCAAUACCUGAGGAAAUGGGAGAAUUCAAAUCACUCUAUGUCCUCAACUUGUCCUGCAAUGCUUUCACAGGAGAAAUCCCAUCUUCAUUCGGUAAUAUGCGAGUGCUCGAGUCCUUAGACCUGUCAAAGAACAACCUGAGCGGGCAAAUUCCACCACAGCUUGCAAACCUUACCUUCCUUUCAUUCUUGAAUCUCUCAAACAAUCAACUGGUUGGUAGGAUCCCAACCAGCACUCAGUUUUCAACAUUUCCAAAAGCCUCCUUUGCAGGUAACAAAGGCUUAUGGGGGCCUCCUUUGACCGCUGACGACAAAGCAGGAUUGCCGGUGCCACCACCAGCAUCGAAUGAAAGCCGUCGAAGUUCUGGACACGAGAUUAAUUGGGAUCUCAUCAGUGUUGAAAUUGGAUUUGUAUUUGGCUUCGGAGUUGCCAUUGGAUCACUUGCCUUUUACAAGAGAUGGAGGAAUUGGUAUUACAAAGCUACGCUUAACAUCAUCUUUAAGAUGUUCCCUCAACUGCAUCAAAGACUAGGCAAUCAAGGAAGACAUGUUUAUAUAAACCAAAGGAGAAGACGUUGA